AUGGUUUCUGCUAAAAAUGCAAUGUUUAUGUUCACGAUAAUUGCUCCUUUUGCUAUCUGUUUUGGGACUGUUUACAGGGUUGGUGAUGCUUCUGGUUGGCAUCCAAUGUUCGAUUACCAAAAAUGGGCAUCUUCCAAGAAAUUUUGUGUGGCUGACACUAUUCGUUUUGAAUAUAAUGCUAUCUUUCACAAUGUGAAGGAAGUUACUGAACCAAAUUACCGAGCAUGUAAUGCAACAAAUCCAAUUGCAACCUACUAUACUGGCAAUGAUUCGUUCACCUUGAAGCAGCCUGGCCACCGCUACUUCCUUUGCGGCUUCCCCAACCAUUGCAAAUAUGGGCAGAAGGUUGACAUCUACGUCCAUGAAGUUUCCAGCCCCAGCCCUGCUCCAGCUAAUUCACUUCCAUUGCCACCAUCUCCUGCAGCUGAGAAUCCAGCUACAAGCAGUGUUCGUACCAAUAGUGCUUCAUCAAUCCAUAUUUCCAUUGUUCAGAUUGCCAUUAAAUCCGUGGCUAUGGUUGUCCUUGCAUAUUUUGUUUGAUUAUGUGUUAACUCCUCUUUAGAUUAUCUAGCU